UACUGAUAGCUCUGCCCUUAAGUACUGAUAGCUCCGCCCGUAAGUACUGAUAGCUCUGCACCUGAAGUACUGAUAGCUCUGCACCUGAAGUACUGAUAGUUCCACCCCUAAGUACUGAUAGUACUGGUUACAUAAUUUGCGCUCUCCAGAAAUAUAUACAGGGGUACGUUUUUACAGUGUUGACAAACUGAGAUACCUUAUAAACCUGGAGACUUUCCUGUUCUCGUCUGCAGAUCACGAUCAAGAGGAAGCCUGUUCUGUACGUCAUUGACUUCAUAAUGCCGGUGUUCUGCUUCCUUAUUCUGGAUUUGGCCUCCUUCUUCGUCAGUUCAGGUGUAAAAGAGAAGCUGGGAUUUAAAGUGACCUUGCUCCUGGCUAUUUCUGUGUUACUGCUGCUACUUAAAGACAUGCUGCCCUCUACUGCCAGCGACGUCCCGCUGAUCGGGAUGUACUGUGUUAUCAUCUUCACUCUGAUUGGCAUCAGUGUUCUGGAGACCAUUUUCUUGAGUUUUCUGAUGGAUAGAGGAAAAGAAAGCGCUUCAGUCGCACCGAUGCACAGAAAAUCUGCUCUUUCUGACGCCGUGAAGAGCACAGAAGGCCCUGCAGACUCAGUUUCAGACAGGAAUGAAGCGCCGCUCACCGCUGAUGCUCUCAGGCAGAUCAUCAUGGAGUUUCAGGUCCAGAAUCAGCAGCAGAAGAAGAAGAGCCUGAGCUGGACCAGAGUGGCUAAAAUCAUUGAUCUUGUUUUUUUUCUCAUGUAUGCAACCACUGUCCUUCUGUUUCUGAUAGUGCUGUCCAUCGCUUGGUUCCCAUGAGGAAACAUAUACAACUACACACAUGAUCAGGAGAUGGUCAAACUUAUAUUCGCUGCAAAUCCUGCUAUUCUUACUUAGAGCUUUUGUCUUGUUUCCAGUCCAAAUAUUUAGAAAUUCCUAAUCAAGUAGCCUUUUCUAGACAAGCAAAAAAUAUUGUGUUGUUUUAAGACAGAAUGUGUCACAUUUUGACAAGAACUUUUGCUGGUUUUAAGGAAAAAACUCACUUAAUUGUGACAUAUUAUUACUGAAAACGAGGAAAAGGGGCUCUAUUUUAACGAUCUAGUCACAAUGUCUAAAACGCGUGACGCAAUAACGUGCAUUAAACCAAUUAGAGUCUCGUCUCUCAUUCCCUUUAAAAGUGUUGUGUCGCUCCAUGGUGCAUUUGCUAUUUACAUGGCGGCCUUUGUAUAUGUAAAAACUGAACCCUUCACUUGCGAGAAACAGCAUCUGCAGCGCGAGGAUAAAGAACGAGCCUCCUCCAUUCAGCCUC